AUGGAAACUUCCACAUCGCUGCAAGGGCAGCUCGAUAUUUUCCUCUACACUGGCGUUGAAGGGCAGUUCGAAGAUUUGACAAAAUAUAAACAAAAUGGACUGCAUCCAAUCACUCUCGGCGACGUCCUUCCCAAGCCGUCCACUUGUGUUCGCGACGUGAACAAGGCGCCCAGAUAUCGGAUCAUGCUGAAGCUCGGAUUUGGCGCAUUUGCUACAGUCUGGCUGGCUCGCGACCUUGUCGAGAAACGUUAUGUUGCUGUCAAGGUCGGACUUGGGUCAGAUAUACCCCGUUUGAACAGAGAAACCGAGAUUCUGACCCAGCUUUGUAAAGCUGGGCCAGGAAAACAUGGGCAUCAGAGAGUGAUUGAAUUAUUUGACGUAUUUAUUAUGAAAGGACCGAAUGGGUUCCACGAGUGUUUGGUGACCGAGGUGAUCUCUCCACUGAGUGAUCCAGAUGCCAGGCAACAAUGUUCAUCUGCAGCCAUUCGACAAAUUAUAGAAGGGUUUGCAUUCCUACACGGGGAAGGCAUAGUACACGGAGAUCCCCAUAUCGCCAACUUUGGGAUUGCUCUCCCGCAGCUAGAACAAUUCAAGGAAGACGAUAUCACCGAAUACUUUGCUAACCCCGAAAUUAUUCCAGUCGUUCCACGCGAUCCAACAUUCCCAUUGGACUCAGUACCACCAUAUAUCGUUCAAUCUGUAUCAAUCGCAGACUUUUUACAAGGCAUGAAGGCAUUUCCCGCUAGCUCGGCAAUGAGUAUCAAGAUUCUGGACUUUGGAAGAGCCUACAUGCUAAGCAAGACUAUCCCGAGCUUGCCAGGUGCAGCUCCUACGGCGAUUCGGCCCCCAGAGGUUGUACUUCACGAACUGAGCCAUGGCCGAAUCGGCUGUACUUGGAGCGAAGCGGCUGAUAUUUGGGCCGUCGGAUGCACGGUAGGUCAUGCUUGCUAA